CAUUUGUUUCAGGUGGAACCGUUGAGACCAAACCUUGCGUUUACGAAUAUUUAUAUCGAACACCAGGAAGUGACGAAUUCACGGCGGCAGAGGGACAGCGUUGCUUGAACAACAUGCCGAAAUUUUACUGUGACUAUUGCGAUACGUACCUCACACAUGACUCGCCGUCUGUGAGAAAGACCCACUGCAGUGGAAGAAAACACAAGGAGAAUGUGAAGGACUACUACCAGAAGUGGAUGGAGGAACAGGCACAGAGCCUCAUUGAUAAAACAACGGCUGCAUUCCAGCAGGGCAAGAUCCCCAGCACCCCCUUCCCUGGCGCCCCUCCCCCAGGGGGCCCUCCGCGCCCCGGCAUGCUGCCCACGCCCCCCAUGGGAGGCCCCCCCAUGAUGCCCAUGAUGGGGCCCCCUCCUCAUGGGAUGAUGCCAGGAGGACCAGGUCCAGGAAUGCGUCCACCAAUGGGAGGCCAUAUGCAAAUGAUGCCAGGACCUCACAUGAUGCGUCCCCCUCGACCAAUGAUGAUGCCGGUCCGGCCGGGCAUGAUGAGGCCAGACAGAUAGGGCCCCCAGUGUGCCGCAGGCCAGGAGGGAUUCCUCUGAUCGGCUCCGUCAUGAACAUUCACUCUCUGACUCUGGAGGACGCUCGCUCUGCCACAGCAGUAGGUUCUUUUGAGUUUUUGGAGAAAUUUGUGUUCCUGAACCUGGGACUAUCAUCCUUUUUAGAGUUAGCACCCCCCCACCCCACCCCAACACACACACACACCUGGUCAUGGUGUUUGUUAGUGAUGUCACACACACACACACCUGGUCAUGGUGUUUGUUAGUGAUGUCACACACACACACCUGGUCAUGG